UAGAAGCAAACGUUUUGGUUUUUAGUAGUUGAAGCAAAUCGAUCAGUAGCUGCCCCUCAUUCGAUUAGUGACGUCGGCCAUUUUGAAUUCAGGCUAAGACGGUGGAAAAUUCCUUAUCAAGUACUGAGCUCGCGAAGACGUAGAAAGGGAAAUCAAACAUGGUGGCCAGUUUGAAAAAUGCGUUUUAAUUUCUGAUCAAAGCAAUCGGGUAGCUCGAUUGCUGGUGAAGUGAAUUAAUCCAAGUUAGCUGUAAAAAUUUAGCUCAAAUGAUCUGUCAAAUCAAAGUAUCGAAUCAAAAAUAAGUGCUUGAGUGGUGAAAGUGAAAAUGCGUCGUUCUACGCCACCCUUUACGGCGGUGGUUGGUGGCAGUGGUGGCGCCGGGUCGGUGGUGGCUCCCAUCGAACAGUACGAAACAGACCAUACUGACCAAAAUCCUGCAUUGCGUCAGCUCAAACGGAAACACAGUGAAGAACGGUUUCUGCCCUAUCAAUAUCAAGAGCAAGGACACUCAAUUCACAAGGUUCGCAAGGAUAACCACCUGCAACUGCACGAUGUUGAUCAUUUUCACGGGUUUGGGCAGGCGUUUCAUGGACCGACGCCUGAAUUCCAAGUCAUUGCCGCCAGCGAUGGUAACAACAACCAGAAUCACAUUCAACAGGAACAACAACCGUUGAGCUACAUCUACGAAGUGUCAAGUGGAAGUAGUGUCCCGGUUAUCCCGGUUCCACAAUCGCAAAUGAUUUCGCAGGAUAUUUCCACCUCAAGCAAUGGGAUUGUCUUGACCGACAUAAGUUCAUCUACCUGGACCAGCACUCAAGAGUUACUGGAUCUUGACCGAAAGCCGACGCUGACAAUUCCAACCGAUAGUCACAAUGCUUUUCCGAUCGCCAGUGCAGAUCAUCAUCAUCAUCAUCAGCAACAUCAUAUCCAGGAUCAGCAUACGCCCCUUCACCACCACCACCAGCAGCAGCAACAUCAUCAUCAUCAGCAUCAUCAGGGUAAUUUCCACGGGCAUCAAUCGGUUCACCCUCAGUAUGGGAACAAUCACACGAAAACGCAAGAACUGACGAUCGUUACAUCCAGCUGUAGCAGGACCCCGACGGCUGGUGCCACUACGACUGGACCGGGGUGCGUCCGAAGAGUACCCCCAGCGGCAACGCCCGAAACCCCGGAGGACAUCGAGGAUAAGAACCUAUCCUGGUUGUUCAACUUUAAGUUAGAAGACUUGCCACAUCUGUCGCCGGAAGCCAAGCGAAAACAAGCCCCGAAAAAUGUUGGUCCGACUGGUGGUGGCACAGUAGGCUGCUCCGUACAUGCCGCGAUAAGCCAACUGGAAUCUGAACCAGGGCUAGAUCAAACGACGGCCAUCGAGGAAGACGAUAUGAAUGUAGCGGAGAAUGUUACGAUCGAAAAUAGCACCGCUGCCGCUGCUGCUAAAGUGACAAAGAAACCGCCGUUCACCUAUACCGAGCUUAUCGAAUAUGCCUUGGAGGACAAGGGGGAGCUCACAGUUUCCGGAAUCUACCAGUGGAUCUCGGAUCAUUUCCCGUUCUACAAGUCCAAUGAUGAUCGGUGGAAGAACUCGGUUCGUCACAACCUGUCGAUCAACCCGCAUUUUCGGAAAGGCAACAAAGCCCCGCAAGGGGCUGGUCACCUGUGGACCAUCUCCAGUAGGGACUCGGAGGCGAACUUCCUAGCUUGGGAACAUAAACGCCAACGGUUAGAGUUGUUCUUCAAGAUGGAAGCAGCCAACGCCAAAACUCAACGGGAGGCUCCCGGUUCACCUAACCAGGAUGAAAUUGCUGCAGCAACGGCCAGCUUAGCUCAGUAUGAGCCACAUUCUCCGGGGCACGGAUCUACAAGCGAGUCCAUAGAUUAUCGCCUUUCGCAGCCAGGAUCAUCCGGUCAACACCUUCAGCCAUCACUUGGCCAACAACAGCAGCAGCCAAUGUAUGCCAGCAUUCCGAACAAUCAAUUCGAGGUCGUUCAGGGUGAGGAACUGAAGCGAUCAGCUGGAGAAAUUCUGAAUGGAAUUCGACGAAACGUGGAAGUUCAGAUUGUCCAUCCAAUCAACUCGAACAAUUUCCAGGCUUAUGCGCUGCUGGAUUCCGACUACUACCUGGCGGACUACCUGAAUCCGGUAUCAAAGGAGGAAAUCGUGCAGGAGUGCGGGCUUCGAUCGGCCGCUGGUCAUCGUUCGGAUGCGGCACCUCCGACCGACUACUACAUCACCACGAUCGAUCCGAUCGAACUGGGCAUCAAUAUGAGCUCCAGCCAGGACGAGGAUCAGAUCCUGUUUGAGGACGACUUCAAUCUCAACUACUUUGGCAAUAACAUUAUGACUUGACGACGUGCGGCCGGUGCCAACAAUGUCCAACUGAUGCAACAGCAAGAAGUACUGCAGCAACAGCAGCAAGGAGAAGUUCCGCCUGAAAUCGUUGCCGUUGAUGCAUCGGGAUUUGUGACUACGGAAGGCUCUUUGGACAAUGAUCAGCACGUUUGAAGAGAGCGAGAGAGUGUGUAAGAAAGAUUGUGAAGUGCAACCAAGUACUAGUCAGAGUGAUUGUUUUUUUAGUUUUUGUUGUUUUGAGUUUUCACAUUAUUCAUACAACCAUCGUGUCUAGAUGAUAAUCAUGGUGUACAUUUUUGAAAGCCUAAUCAUGUAAAUAGUGUCAGCUGGCUGGGUAGCACAACAGCAAAUAACAGUCCUAGUCAACGAACAUACUUAUAAUCCCUUUUUAUGAAACCGAAGCGUUCGUAUCGCCAGAAUAUGAAGUUGUCAUAAAUCGUGCAAAUUCAGUGUACAAAAUCUAAUUCAAUUCAAUACAAUUCUAAUCAGUACGAAAGUAA